CCUACAUCUUCUCGGCAUUACUUCCUGGGCAUAAACUUUCGCCAAAAUAAUGCAGUUGUUUUGAUCCAGUUUACGUAGACCCUGACAAGAACAACUUACGACGACAAUGGCUAUGCAGCAUUCACUCCAUCGUCAUUUGCUGUUGAAUGGGCUAAGCAGUUGGAUAAUUUAUCUAAUAUGCACUAGUUGGAUCACAGUAUCACUUUCGUUUGUGCCCAGUAUGAAUAAGACAAUCCAAUUUAUGUCCGAAGAAGGCAACAUUGCAGUUUAUGAUAAGGCUAUGCCAGAAUGGAUCACUUUGAAGCUAGAGAGUUUUUUGUUGAGUGGAGAACGAUGGCACUACCAGUACCCAGACAAGUUAGCGAAUAUUACCCAGCGAGGAGGUGGAAAUUUGGACUGGCUUGCACCUUUAUCUCCUGAAUUUCUAAUGAAAACCAAGUCCUGGCUGGUGUUUCAGAAAAUUUUAGAAGAUUUUACUGGACUCAGUGAUUACAUGGCAUAUCAAGUGCAGGGUGUUAUGCUUAGAAGAGGUGAUUUCCCAACCAUCAUUGAAGGGGAAACUGGCACAGAUGAUAUUCUAUGUAACCUGUUUUUGGGUCAAGGCUUCACAAAGAGUGGAAUGUUGUUCUUUGAUGAAAAGGGAGAGAUUGUAAAGGCAGUUGCAACAAAAUUCAACAGAAUCGUUAUUUGGAAUGCUACUUUAGACUUUCAACUUAAGCAACCAGGCUUUGAGUCAUUCAAAACAAAGUACAGCCUCCUUAUCAAGUUUACUAGGAGUUCUACAAAAAUGGCCAAUGAGCUAAGUUAUAUCAAGGAUGUUAGGGAAACUGAAAAGAGGCAAAAGCUGGAUAGUUUUCCAAAGUUUGACGUCCAAAGCCACCAGUAUACAGAUGAAUAUUUUGAGAAACACCUGACCAGAAAAUUCUAUGAUCGUGACGGUGGCGUGAUUAGUGUAUUUGAUGGAAUAAUGAAUGAAACUGAGCUACAAAUCCUAAGAAAGUACCUCAUGAAAUAUAACACUGGAUACUCGAACACAGGCUUUAGUACCCAGGAGCACGAUGACGUGGAUAAUGUCAGCUGGAUUGUCAUGUUUAAGCCUGAGGGAAUAUUUGGCACAAAGGUUUUGAGUAUCGUAAAAGGAAUGGCUAGAUAUCUCAGUGGUGAAGAUGGUUGGUUUCCAUAUGAUGUUUCCCUGAAUAUGAUUCAAAAGACGUUUCACACAAGAAUACAUACUGAUUGCGAAGAAUACGAGGUCGAAUACACUUUUCUAUUGUAUCUUAAUCCAAAUUGGACUGAAGAAAUGUAUGGUGAAACAAUCUUUUUGAACCAAAUUCAAGACCUAAAGAUGGGCAAAGGAACCAAAGUAAUACGGGAUAAAGCCUACGAGACUAUCGUUUCUGUUAAACCGAGAUAUGGAAGAAUGGUGAUGUUUAGAAACAAUAUUCCACAUUCAGCACGACCCCCUAGUCCUGAUUUUCACGGUUCGAGAUAUACAUUCGCCAUCAAGGUAUCAAGAAGCAAGAUAAUCGGUCUUGCAAAGAUUCUUAGAGAGCUGCUUGAGUUUAAAGAGGGCCAAAACGAUGAAGGUGGCAUGCUUUAUAACCAAAUGCACGACCAGGCAGGGAGCAAUAAGAUCCUAUUGGAACCCGAGGAGCUGCUAAAACACAUUGCCAAAUACCGUGAAGUAAAAGAAAAGGACAUUGUAUCGCAAAAAGAGGCUGUUCUCACUCCUAUACUGAGAAAACAGCACGUUGUCCGUGAGAUGCCAGCAUAUUAGGGAUUGCCAAGGUUGCGAUGGCUCUAGCCUCAUAACGUGCUAUUAAGAUGUCAAGUUUUUUACCUGUAUUAAGAUUUUAAGACUUUUUUCAAUGUUGCAUUAUGGACAAAUCGUGUGACGAGGAACCUGCAGCUGAAUCUUUUUUUGCUUUAUCAAAACAAAACUGAAUUCUUGAUUAC